AUGAUGUUUUCCAAGAAAAAGAAGAAGCCAUUGAUUUCUCCACCUAGUAAUUUUGAGCAUAGAGUACACACUGGUUUUGAUAAAAGAGAGGGUAAAUUUGUUGGAUUACCACUACAAUGGGCUUCUCUUGUGGGUAAUAACCAGGUUCUCAAAUCUACAAACAGACCAUUACCAUUGGUAGACCCUUCUGAAAUUACUCCAACUGAAAUAUUAGACUUAAAAACAAUAGUGAGGGGUGAUCAUCGUACUACCUCAAUAGCUGCUGUAUCAAGACCAGUCUCCACAAAUCCAACUUGCCAGCCCAUACAAAAUGGAGUUAUUCUACCAAAAACUUCUAAUGUAGCAAGAUCCAACUCAUUGAGAAGUACAAGCCCACCAAGAAUUAGAAGAGAUCUUCGUAAUCAACCAAACAUUCCACCUUCAGUUCCUGAAGAGUCACCUCCAGUUCCACCAGCUCCUCAACAGUAUCCAAGCUUAAGACGUGAACAUAGUAAUUAUGCAUUAAACAAGCCUAUUUCAGAUUCUCCUGUGGAGUGGGCUCACUCUCAUGAAGCUACAGUAAGACCUGUCACUGAAAUAAAUGACAACCAAUUAGCAGCGAUGACAUAUCAGAAUAUACAGAAUGCGAAUGCUAAUAUGCCUUACCAUAAUCAUCCACCACAACCUAUGGUUCAGGGACAUGGAAUGAAUGGAAAUAAUAAUUUAGGUGACACAUAUUCAUUGCGGCAGCAGCCCGGACCUCCUGCACCUCAUGUGCCUAUAACUGAAUCCAAACAUGAAUUACGAUUAACACAUGAACAGUUCCGUGCCGCCCUGCGUUUGGUGGUGAGCGAGGGGGAUCCCCGCGAGACGUUGACGGGGUUCAGUAAGAUCGGCAAAGGCAGUACAGGUGUGGUGUGCGCGGCGACCGACACGCGCACGCGCCGGCGGGUCGCCGUCAAGAUGAUGAACCUCAAGAAACAGCAUAGACGGGAGUUGCUCUUCAACGAAGUCGUGAUAAUGCGCGACUACCCGCACCCCAACAUAGUGGAGAUGCACGCGUCGUACUUGGUGGGCGACGAGCUGUGGGUGGUGAUGGAGUACAUGGCGGGCGCGUCGCUCACGCAGAUAGUGACGCGCGCGCGCAUGGACCCCGAGCAGAUAGCCACCGUGUGCAAGCAGUGCCUUAAGGCAUUGGCAUUUUUGCACGGCCAAGGAGUUAUUCAUCGAGAUAUCAAAUCUGACUCAAUACUUUUGACAGCCGAUGGACGAGUGAAACUAUCUGACUUUGGCUUUUGCGCUCAAGUAUCACAGGAACUACCAAAACGAAAGUCUUUAGUAGGGACGCCAUAUUGGAUGUCACCGGAAGUAGUGUCUCGGUUGCCAUACGGACCGGAAGUUGAUAUUUGGUCACUCGGUAUCAUGCUCAUAGAGAUGGUCGAUGGAGAACCACCUUUCUUCAAUGAACCGCCAUUGCAGGCGAUGCGCCGCAUCCGCGACAUGCCGCCGCCGCGGCCGCGCGGCGCCGCGCGCUGCCCGGCGGACCUGCUGGCGCUGCUGGAGUGCGCGCUGGUGCGCGACCCCGCGCAGCGCCACGCCGCCGCGCGCCUGCUGCACCACCCCUUUCUGCGCCGCGCCGGCCCGCCCGCCCUCCUCGUGCCGCUCAUGCCCAACGAC